GACACUCUCACCCCCUUCACCGUUGACUUUAAAUCCCCACAAACUCGUCGGCACCCCGAGCACUUUGGUCAGGAAGAAGAAAUCAUUGAAGCUUUUGUCUAGCCACUAAUGGCAACUGUCACUGCUUCGAGCUUCACUUCCACAAGCACUCAUGUCAACUACGGCGUGUCAUCUUCUUCCCUGGAGCCGAAGACGGCGUUUCGGAACGUGGGUUUUGGGAAGCAGAGCCAGACUCAUAAUGGGUUGAGAGCUUUGAACUCGGUUAGUUCAAAAUCGAUUGCAAUGAGGCAAGUGAGCACAAGGAGUGAGAAGCGUUUGGGUGGUGUUGUAUGUGGGAAGGGGAUGAAUUUGGUGUUUGUGGGUACAGAGGUUGGUCCGUGGAGCAAGACUGGUGGACUUGGAGAUGUGCUUGGUGGUCUCCCACCAGCUAUGGCCGCACUUGGGCACCGUGUGAUGACUAUCUCACCGCGUUAUGAUCAGUACAAAGAUGCUUGGGAUUCAAGAGUUACAAUUCAGAUUAAAGUUGGAGACAGGAUUGAGACGGUUCGGUUUUUUCACUGCCAGAAACGAGGGGUUGAUCGUGUUUUUGUAGAUCACCCGCUGUUUCUUGAAAAGGUAUGGGGGAAAACUGCAUCGAAAUUAUACGGGCCUAUGGCUGGAGAGGAUUACACGGACAACCAACUUAGGUUCAGCUUGUUGUGCCUGGCAGCUCUAGAGGCACCAAGAGUUCUGAAUCUAACCAGCAACAAAUAUUUUUCAGGACCAUAUGGAGAAGAUGUUGUUUUCAUUGCCAAUGACUGGCACACAGCCCUCCUCCCAUGCUACCUAAAAGCCAUAUACAAAGCUAGAGGAAUAUACAAGAAUGCCAAAGUAGCCUUUUGCAUUCACAACAUUGCGUACCAAGGCAGAUUUGCAUUUGCGGACUUCUCACUUCUCAAUCUCCCAGCCGCAUUUAAAAGCUCCUUUGAUUUCAUUGAUGGCUAUGACAAACCAGUGAAAGGGAGGAAAAUUAACUGGAUGAAAGCUGGGCUCUUAGAAUCAGACAUAAACUUGACUGUUAGCCCGUACUACGCCAAAGAAGUUGCUUCUUCAGUUGAUAAAGGAGUCGAAUUGGAUAACAUUAUUCGGAUAGCUAAUAUUCUUGGUAUAAUAAAUGGCAUGGAUGUCCAGGAAUGGAACUCAAUGACUGAUAAGUAUAUAGAUGUCAAGUAUGAUGCUACAACGGUGGCGGAUGCAAAGCCUAUCUUGAAAGAAGCCCUCCAAGCAGAAGUCGGUCUGCCAGUGGAUAAGAAAAUUCCUGUGAUAGGUUUCAUUGGUAGGCUUGAAGAGCAGAAGGGUUCUGAUAUUCUUAUAGCAGCAAUUCCCCAAUUUAUCAAAGAGAAUAUGCAGAUUAUAGUUCUUGGGACUGGCAAAAAACCAAUGGAGAAGCAGCUUCUUGAAUUGGAAACAAAAUACCCUGACAAAGCUCGAGGAGUUGCAAAAUUUAAUGUUCCUCUGGCCCAUAUGAUAACAGCCGGAGCUGAUUUUAUGUUGGUUCCCAGCAGAUUUGAGCCGUGUGGUCUCAUUCAGUUGCAUGCUAUGCGUUAUGGAACUGUUCCCAUCGUUGCAUCAACUGGUGGUUUGGUAGACACUGUUAAAGAAGGAUUCACAGGAUUUCAUAUGGGAAGUUUCAAUGUUGAGUGCGAGGUUAUUGAUCCUGUGGAUGUACAAGCCGUGGCCACAACUGUUAAAAGAGCUCUUGCAACUUAUGGAACUUUGGCUUUUGCUGAGAUGAUUCAGAACUGCAUGUCUCAAGAUUUAUCGUGGAAGGGACCUGCUAAGAAGUGGGAAGAAGUGCUGCUGAGUUUGGGGGUUGCUGACAGUGAACCCGGAAAUGGUGGUGAUGGUGAGGAAAUUGCACCCCUAGCCAAGGAAAAUGUUGCAACGCCAUGAAAAGAACACAAAUCUAGCCUGUUGAUUCAGAAACAACUUGGUGAACCAGCUCGAACAGAAUCUGCGGUCCUAACUGACGCGGCUUGAGUACGCACUGUAUUUAACAGAAAUUAUGCAGCUUGCAGUGUAUAAUCCUUGGCCAGAAUAAGCGAAACCAUCUAGGCAAGUGUAAUAACUUAAUUAUCGCAGGUAGCGGUGGCUCUCACCACAAAGCCGAAAAUACUGUUGUGCAAUGAUAAUCAAUAUCCACUUUUUUUUUGC